AUGGACAAGUUCGCGUACCCCGAGUACUACGACUUCCCGCCCUUCUUCACGCUCCAACCCGUGCGUGCGACGCGGGAGAAGCAACUCGUGCUGUGGCAGCAGCUCGUGCUCGAGUACCACCGCGCGCACGAUGUACCCAUCUUCCAGCCCUUCAGCUCGACGCUCUUUGAGAACGUGAAAAUCUCGCGCAAUAUGGCGCCGGAGGGCCGAGCGGCUGUCGUGGAGCAUCUGAUUCGCUGCGGUCAUGGCCAAUGGGAAGACGAGACAAAGGCGCGGUGCCGACUCAUGUGGAAGAAACCAGCCGAGUGGGCGGCUGAGGUGUACGACUUUGCGCACGAGAUGCUCGGCAAUGUGUUUACGGUGUACGAACUGUAUGCAGGAGACGAGACUUUGGGCACGAAUAUCCAUGGAAUGGAGCCGUGGCUGCUUCGUGAGGCGCUGAAAGUGUUGGAAGGGGAGGGAAAGGCGGCGGUGAUUGCUGGUGAAACGUGUGAAGAAGACGGCGUCAAGUUUCUUGCCACGGAAUAG